CACACGUGGAAAAAGCCUUAGCGGGGGUGUUUGAGGUUUUGGUGUCGCAAGUGCCGGACACCCCGAAUGGACAUUUGCAACGGAACCAAAGCACUGCAACCGUUCGACGACAAAUUUUAUUCUUCUGGCAUUUUGUACCAAAGCAGCAGCAGUUUAUGUGUCUCAUACUGUAUAAAAGAUAUUUUUUUUGGUGACUUUUGCAAUGUAAAAACCGCAGAAUGUGAAUACAGUUAACAUCUUUUCUAAAUACACCGCGUUGAAUUUUGUCAGCGUUUCAAAAAGAUCAAAAGAAAGAAGAUUCCAAAGUCUCGGUGUGUUCACAGCGAAGCUUUUUUUUUUUUUUUAAUGUACUUUCAUUUUGACCUUCGCGGGGAAUAUUAAACGUACAUAAACGUACAAAUCCAAAAACGUAGAAUAACUUUCGGUGAUAGUGCGCCACCUCGCGAUCAAGACUUCCGAUACUUCAUAUUGAUGGUUUUACGACGAACAUUGAAAUCAAAUUCCCGAAUUUACACGUCUUUCCUUUACACCUGAACUUUAAUUACUUGUUUGUUUCUUUUCUUCAAAUAUGAUCAAGACAAACGACUGCAAGGCUCGGAAGUCAAAGCAAAAAGAUAAAAAUAUUACAUGAGCAGUUGAGCAAAGGAGGGGAAAACAAAUAAAUGAAUGCAACACAUUUAAAGUGCGAGUUCUAAAAAAUGAUUUCAUCUCAAGACUUCUUCAAAUGAAUACUGUACUGUACUGCAGCGCCACCUAGCGUCUGUGCUGCGCUCCCGCAGUUGCGCUGAGAACAGAGAGAAGAGACCAACCUGAGCGCUUUGCACUGCAGCAGUCUGCGAUUGGCUCAGCGGCUCUGACGUCAUCUCGGGGGGAGGGGGGGGGCUGCACACGUGCACGCGCGAGCCGGCGCAGUGCACAAACGCGAGCAGGUCGCGCUCACCCGAGGUGGGCAAAACGAGGGGGACUUGUGGCCCAAAACCUCCAUUUCACUCCCAUCAUCAUGAGCUCCUCCGUCUUCCGCCGUCGACCUCGGGACGACUCGGGAGGUUCCGGCCCGGGGUCGACCCCGUCCCGCUCCUCGCCCGCGGCCGCAGGAUCCCGUGGAAGGCUCCUGCGGGCCUCCUUCUCCCCCGAGAGGAGGGACCCGGACCGCGGGGGCGCCCUGGACUCGCGGCUGCAGGAGAAGGAGCAUCUGGCGGUCCUCAACGACCGCUUCGCCGGCUACAUCGAGAAGGUCCGGCUUCUGGAGCUGCGGAACCGGGCGCUGCUGGCCGAGCUGGAGGUGCUGUGGGGGCGGUCCCGCCUGUGGGCGCUUUACCAGGGGGCGGCGCUCGCUUUGAGGGCCGAGAUGGAGUCCGAGAGUCGGGAGAAGGUGCAGAUGGAGGCGUUGAGGGACCACCUGAAGGAGGUUCACGAGAGGGCCUGGCAACGCUGCGAGGGGGAGGCCCGGCGGCGGCGGGACGCCCAGGAGGCCCUGCUGCAGGCCCGGGACGAGGCGGCGCGGGCGGCGCUCGCCCACCUGGACGCCCGGAUGGCGGUGGCCUCCCUUAGCGACCAGAUCGUCUUCAUGAACAAGGUCUUUGCCGAGGAGAACGCGGAGCUGCGGGGGCAGCUGGAGGCCGCCGACAUCAGCUUGGCGACGGCGGCCGGGGGAGGCGCGGCCCUGCGGGACGUCCGGGCGCAGUACGAGCGGCUGGCCGCAGAGAACGCCCGGGCGGCGCGGGAACGGUUCAGGAGCGAGCGCGCCUCGGCGGCCGACGCGGCCGGGAGGGACCGGCGGGCGGCGCUCGCCGUGCGGGAGGAGACCGCCGAGGACCGUCGGAUGCUCCGGGCCCAAUGCGCCGACAUCGAGGCGCUCCGGAACGUCGUCCGGGCGCUCGACCGGCAGCUGGGAGAGCUGGAGGAGACGCAGGCCCGAGAGGUGGACAAGCGGCAGACGAAGAUCGAGCUACUGCAGCGAGACGUCGACGACGCCAAGCGGGAGAUGGCGCGCUGCGGGACCGAGUUCCGAGACCUUCUCAACGUCAAGAUGGCGCUGGACAUCGAAAUCGCUGCGUACAGGAACCUUCUGGAAGGCGAAGAGCUGCGGCUGUCGUGUCCCCCCCUCGCAAAUGCCGCGCACUAAACGCCCGAGCGCCAACCUCAAAACGGCGACGC